AUGGUGAUCGCGGAUAUCAUGAAACGUUGGCAGGUCUUGCUCGGGAACACGGAUGCUCAACUGCUGACCGGGACCGACGAGCAUGGAAUGAAGAUCCAACAAGCUGCCAUGCAAGCGGGAAUGGACACCCAGGCGUUUUGCGACAUGAACUGCCGAACCUUUGAGGCCCUAGCGAAGGCUGCAAACGUCGACAACGAUCAUUUCAUCAGGACCACCGACCCGGCGCAUAGAGAUGCCGUCCAAUAUUUCUGGGAAAUGCUGCAACACCGGGGCUACAUUUAUACUGCGAAGCAUGAAGGUUGGUACUCCAUUAGCGAUGAGACAUUCUACCCACAGACGCAAGUGCAGAACUCCCUAGAUCCGUCAACCGGGAGGAAACGCAUGGUCUCAAUAGAAACGGGUAAAGAGGUAGAGUGGUCCUCAGAAACCAACUACCAUUUCCGUCUCUCGGCCUUCAAGGAUCGUUUACUUGACUUGUACAAAAGAGAAAAUCCGUUCCUCACCCCGACCUCCUACACAGCUGCUGUGGUCAAUGGAAUUGAGUCGGGACUGCAGGAUCUCUCGAUUUCUCGGCCCGCAGAACGUCUGACUUGGGGCAUCCCUGUUCCCGGCGAUGACACGCAGACAAUCUACGUGUGGCUAGACGCGUUGGUCAACUACUUGACCAAAGCUGGAUAUCCUUUCCCACCUGGAAAAGAAAACAAAUCUGUAUGGCCCGCAGAUUUGCAUGUAGUUGGAAAAGAUAUUGUUCGAUUUCAUUGCGUUUACUGGCCUGCUUUUCUCAUGGCACUUGAUCUUCCCCUACCUCGGAACGUCUUGGUUCACGGACACUGGACGAUGAAUCGCGAAAAAAUGUCGAAGUCCACAGGCAAUGUUGUGAACCCCUUUUUCGCCAUUGAGCGGUUCGGAGUCGAUGGCAUGCGAUUUUUCCUUGCGUACCGGGGUGGCCUUGCGGAUGAUGCGGACUUUGACAAUUCCUUUAUCAUCCGAGAUUACAAGAAAUUGCUUCAGGGGGGGCUCGGAAACCUUGCUCUGCGUACCAUUGGAUGUGCGCGUGGCAAUUUGCGCUCGUACAUUAUGGACGCCGGAUCGGAUAAGCUUCCAGCUGCUACUCCUGACGACUUGAAACAUCAGGAAAUGUUGAAGCAGGCGCCUGCGCAGGUUGCCGAGCUUCUGGAGAAUCUUAACCCGCGUGCCGCGCUGCAAGAAACUAUGGGCAUAAUUGAGAAGACUAACAAAUACUUCCAUGCGGCGGAGCCGUGGAAAACUCCCGACUCCCAACGAGUCAUCUACAACGUGGCGGAAUCGCUGCGGAUCGCUGGCAUUUUGUUGCAACCAUUUAUGCCUGGCAAGUCUCAUGAUCUUCUAGAAAUGCUCCGUAUAAACACCUCGGACCCGUCCAAGCGGGCAUUCGCGGCCACGGCGUACGGUUCGGAUCAAGAUUACGGUGAGGGCGUUAAGAAAGGCAUACUUUUCCCUCCUUUGCUCACUGAGGAGUAA